GGGCGGCGGCGCCAUGGCUGCGGCGGCGGGGCCGCCCCUCCCGGCGGGCCGCGCGCGGCGCGGGGCGGGGCGGGGCGGCCAUGGCGGCGGCUUGGCUCUGCACUGUCAGGACUGCAGCCUGCACAGCGGCAGCUUUCGGGAGAUCUCUGCAGAAGGAGCUCUGCACAAGGUCGUGGAGAAGGGAAGCUGCUCGCCUGCCCUGGAAUUUUGGUUCGUGGGAGUGUUUGCAGUCGCAAGCCCAGCGGGUUCAUGGUGUCAGGAGUUACCUCAGGAGACCACGGGAGCUGUCUGUGUGUCUGUCCCACCUGGCCCCUGCUGCCGUGGUCCAGCAGAAGGCUGUGGACGGGAGGACAGAAGAGUUCAAACUGGUCUACAGGUUCCCAGGGAUAAAAUACUGCAGGGUCCUGUCGAGACUGAAGCUGCUGCAGACUGCCACCUCCGUGGUCAUGGUGCCUCCCAUCUGCUACCUCUACCUGCAGGGCCAGGUGUCCCAGAAUAUCCUCCUCUAUACAACCGGCAUCGCUGUCUUUGCUGGGGCAAUGCUGUAUGGCAUGAGCUACUUCUUCAGAAGGAUUAUUGGAUUCAUCUACUUAAGUGAAACUGGACAAACUGUCAGAGUGGCCCACUUGACAUUUUGGGGAAGACGUAAUGAUAUUUACUGUCCCAUAGAGACAGUGGUGACUUUGGAUGAAGUUGGAGAUAGCAAGGAUGAGCUACUCCACCAGUUCAAGCGGUACAACAGUACAGAUACUUUGUAUUUUACAAUUAAGUAUGGCCAGAUUGUAGACAGACAGAAAUUUACUCAAAUAUUUGGAGAAUUUGUGUGAUACAGCAGCAUUUCCAAUGGCUUUCCAUGUUCUUUGUGCUUAUUUGUCCAUGAGGUUUAAGUAGUUCACCAAACUACGCAUCCCUGUCCUUUUCCUGUGUAAAGCCUGCUGUAAGUGCACCCAGUGUAGAGUCACAGUGGUAAGGCACAGCCACUGGAUUAAAGGUCUUGCAGCUUGUGUGUGGUGUGAGGAGUGUCUGUUCCAUGUGGGAUUCAGUAAUGUCACAGCAUUCCAAGCCUGAACUGUUCUUGGAAUGUGCUAUAGGAGGCCAAAUUACUGGGGCUGGCCCUGGCUGUUUGUUUCUGUUGGCCUCUUUGGUGGUUAUGAAACAUGAAAAAUCUCUUGAAAUGAAAUACAGGAGCUGCCAGAGUAUCCUCACUUCCAACUCAGUGUUUCUUUUAGCUAAUUUCAGGUUUGGCUGGGAAGCCUCUGGAAAUUAAAGCUGGUCUGGUACAUCCAUUGAUGGUACUGCUGAACGUGAGAGAGGGACUUGAUUAACAUGUGUCAGUGCAGUUGAGGGAACUGGGAAGGUGUGUGGGCUGUCCUGGCCUCAGGAGGAUCCUCCAGGAUGGGAGUGGAACUGGGCAAAAGAGACACUGGCAGCUCAGCUGUUAAGUUAAAGGCUGGGACAAUAUUUCAGGAGUCUCUUACAGAAAUUGCCAUUCAUCAUUGGAAUGGGAAAAGCAGCACCUGUCUCCUUGAAGGACUGUGGUCUUAUUCCAUGGUGCUGGUAUGAUUUCUCCUUUUCCAAAACCUUAGUAGAAAUGAGGAAUUUAAACCCAAAAAACAACCAAACAUAUCACCUAUAACAUAUAAUACAUUUUUUGAAUUGUCAGAAGCAAGAUAAGUCCUUACACCCCUCCUAGUUCCAGCUUCAUUUGAAACUGGCAAAUAAACUGACUCUCACCAAUAA